CUUGAAAGCUCGUGAAUCCAAUUCAAUUGUGAAAUGCGAGUAGAGGUGUUGGCAGCAGCAGACCUUUUCCAAGUAAGCCCUAAGUCUGAAUUCUGAAAUUCCAUUCCCGCUCCCUCUUUUUCAUACCCAAUACCAAUCUCCCGCCAUUUGCAAUUCUCCAUGCCCUUUUACCUUCAAUUCCCUCAUUCCCCAUCACUUUCCCUCUGUUUUUUCUUUGCUUUUCUUCAAAUUCCUUCAUUUUCUAGGACUUCUAAUUCCCUUAAAUCACCUUUUACUUGCUUGUUUCCUUUCUUUCCUGGAUUCUUACGCCUUUAGAUGAGGCUUUUCGAAUCUAGGGUUUCAAUUUGAUCUCUAUUCGCAAUGAGCGCUGUCAAUAUCACCAACGUUACUGUACUAGAUAAUCCGGCUCCGUUUCUGUCCCCGUUUCAGUUCGAGAUCUCUUACGAGUGUCUGACGCCCCUUAAAGAUGAUUUGGAAUGGAAACUAAUCUACGUGGGGUCAGCUGAGGAUGAGACAUAUGAUCAACUUUUGGAGAGCGUUCUUGUUGGGCCUGUCAAUGUUGGAAACUAUAGAUUUGUUUUGCAGGCAGAUCCACCAGAUCCUUCAAAGAUUCGGGAAGAAGAUAUUAUUGGCGUGACAGUGCUUUUGUUGACCUGCUCCUAUCUGGGUCAAGAGUUUGUUAGAGUUGGAUACUAUGUUAACAAUGACUAUGAAGAUGAACAACUUAGAGAGGAACCUCCAUCAAAAGUGUUAAUUGAUAAGGUUCAAAGAAACAUUUUGUCUGACAAACCAAGGGUCACAAAGUUUCCCAUCAAUUUUUAUCCUGAGAACGCCCAAGCUGCUGAGCAACCUCCUGCACAUGAUCAAGCCGCUGAAACUGGUGGAAAUGAAGAACCUUUGCCACCUUCUCCCAAUCAAAGUUCAGAUAGGGAUGGACCUUAACUCUAAUGACCAUUUCACCAAUUGACGGCCUUCGAAGUUUCCCAUGCAAUUUUAUGUCAUGAUAAGUUAAGUGAUGCUUUUGAUAAAUGGCAUCUGGGGAACUAUUUAUUCAAAUUUGCCAAAUGUUUGUAGGAAGAAAUGUUGGUGAUAGAUACCCUGGUUCCAACAGGCUGUCUUUUCUUCUUGAACCACUGUAGCACUACGCUCAUACCUAUUGGAUUCCACAUGUUUGUGAUCAUAUGCAAAGAUACUCUCGAAAUUCAUUAUCUUGGUAUUUUGAUUUCUUAA